CACUGCGGUUCCGGGUUUUAAAGUCUUCACCGACACGCGGAACUCAUUUUCCCCAGACCCUCAGGGUCUGGGUCAUGGGGCACCGAACGAUGUUCUUGCUGUUCUCUGCGGCCCUGACCCUGACCGAGACCUGGGCGGGUUCCCACUCCCUGAGGUAUCUCCACUCCGCCGUGUCCCGGCCCGGCCGCGGGGAGGCCUUCUAUAUCUCCGUGGGCUACGUGGACGACACGCAGUUCCUGCGGUUCGAUAGCGACGCCGCGCGUCCCAAGGUGGAGCCGCGCGCGCCGUGGGUGGAGCGGGAGGGGCCGCAGUUUUGGGAAGCUCAGACUGAAAUCGCCAAGGUCCACGCCCAGACUUUGCGGUCGAACCUGGAGACGGCCCGUGGCUACUACAACCAGAGCGAGUCAGGGUCUCACACCUUCCAGUGGACUUCCGGCUGCGACGUGGGGUCGGAUGGGCGCUUUCUCCGCGGUUAUGAGCAGUUCGCCUACGACGGCGCUGACUACAUCGCAUUGAACGAGGACCUGCGCUCCUGGACCGCGGCGGACGAGGUGGCACACAUCACCCGGCGCAAAUGGGAAGCGGCCGGAUUAGCUGAGCGCUACCGGGCAUACCUGGAGAGGGAGUGCGUGGAGUGGCUCCGCAGGUACCUGGAGAACGGGAAGGAGACGCUGCAGCGCGCAGAUCCCCCAAAGACACACGUGACCCACCACCGCACCUCUGACCAUGACGUCACCCUAAGGUGCUGGGUGCUGGGCUUCUACCCUGCGGAGAUCACUCUGACCUGGCAGCGUGAUGGGGAGGACCUGACCCAGGACACGGAGCUCGUGGAAACCAGGCCUGCAGGGGACGGGACCUUCCAGAAGUGGGCAGCUGUGGGGGUGCCUUCUGGAGAGGAGCAGAGAUACACGUGCCAUGUGCAGCACGAGGGGCUGCCCGAGCCCCUGACCCUGAGAUGGGAGCCGCCGCCUCAGGCCGCCAUCCCCGCUGGCAUGGUGGUGGGCAUCAUUGCUGGGCUGGCCCUCCUUGGAGCUGUGGUCACUGGAGCUGUGGUCACUGGAGCUGUGCUGUGGAGGAGGAAGCGCUCAGGUGGAAAAGGAGGGAGCUACGCUCAGGCUGCAGGCGGUGACAGUGCCCAGGGCUCUGAUGUGUCUCUCACGGCUUCUAGAGCAUGAGACAGCUGCCUAGCGGGGACUGAGUGAUGCAAGAUUUGUUCCUGCCCCCACUUUGUGACACAGGACCCUCUGAGCUCUCUUUCCGCAAAGGGCAUCUGAAUGUGUCUGCGUUCCUCUCGCACCAUGUGAGGAGCUGGGAGACUGCCUGCCCCCUGCCCUCCACGCCCCCUCCCCACACUGACCAGUCUCUUCCCUGAUCCCCUGUCCUGUUCCCGCAGAGGCUGUUUGCAUCCCCGCCUUUACUUCAUGUUACGCUGAGUGGUAACUUAUUACUUCCUGGUAAAAUAAGAAUGUGGACGUGAAUUUGUUUUUUCAAUUCUUGCUAUGACGGGUUGAUGGGUUCAUUUAUGAAGGAGAAAAUCCUAAAGUUUGAGAGGAAGUAAAUGGAAGACCUGAGAACCUUCCAGAAUCCGUGUGUUUGCUGUGCUGAGUCUGUCGCAGGUGGAGACAGGAGAGGCUGUGAGGACCGAGCGUGGACGCGGCCCGAGCCCAGUCGGGGCUCAGUGCAUCGUGGGCUCUGACGUGGUCACUCCUCGGCGGGGUCACCUCUCUGCCCCUUUGUCCUCGUCCCUUCAGUAGGACCUCGUCCCACCAGGACCUGUGAUCACAGGGACUAGGACAUCACCCAGGUCUGGUCUUGUCAGUGACGGCUUCGUGUGGCCGGGUCACCAGGCUCAGGCCUGGCCCGACCCUCGGCCCCCAUCCUUUGGGUGUUCAUUGUUGUUUCCACAGAGGAAUAUGACUGUGUUUGUUCUU